UUAAAUGUUGACAAUAAAUUCAUGAUAUCAAUUGGCGUAUCUUCCUCAUUCACCAAUGUACCACUUAUGCAAACAGUGGCCUUGAUAUGCGAAGAUCUCAUAAGACGAAACAUCGAUGUUGGCAUUCCUAUAUCUUUUAUGGAAUAGCUUCUCUUGAAAUGCACAAUGAAUGUCCACUUUUUAUUUAAUAAGGAACUAUAUAGACAAAUCGAUGGUGUGGCGACGGGAUCACCACUAGGAACUAUUCUAGCCGACAUUUUCUUCGCUAAACUAGAAAAUGGGCCUUUGAAGGAUGCUAUUAAUGAACUCGAAUUCUAUUGUUGGUACAUGGAUGAUACAUUUUUGAUUAUGAAAAAUGAGAAGGAAGCAAAGAACUUCCUGCAUAAUAUUAACGAGGUUCAUCUUGCAAUAAACUUUAUUAAUGAGAAAAAAAUAUAUAGUAUUUCAUUUCUAGACGUCCUUGUGAUCAGAAAAGAGGAUGGUGCAGUCAGAUGAAGUGUGUAUAGAAAACCUAUAUCAACGGGUCAGUAUACUCAUUUUCUCAGGUUUGUGCCCUUGA